AAAAAAAAUUGUCCAUCAAAAUUAGAAAAAACACACAAAUAAUACACACACACACAAAAAAAAAGGCAAAUUACCAUCUCCCCUUCCCCUUUCUCUCUGCAUUCAAUUUCUGAUCUCGGGGGAAAAAAAAAAAUUAGCUUUUCAGCUCAAGAACAAAUUCCCACUUUGAAUUUUAUUCAAAUAUUCGUUAUUUCAUUUGAUUAAUUCAUUCCUUCAUAGAUAGGUUCCCUUUUUUUUUUUUUUUUUUCUUUUUUAAAUUCUUUUGCACACACAGAUGUGUUAUGUGUGUGUAUUCACAUUGAAACUGAUAUAGAAAGUUGUAGACAUUACCAUUUAUACAAGCUAGGUGAGAUAACCCAAUGCAUUGGUCUUGAAAGAGACCCUUAACCUUAAGAUCCUCAAAAUAGUUGUUUUGGUGGAUCUGAUGUUGAAAAACAGCAAAUUUGCACUGUUAAGUAUUAUCAAGAAUAGGAGAAUAAGGUUAAAAAUCCUCAAAUCUUGAUUGUGGGGUUACUUUCUUUUCAAGAUUAGCUUUUUUAGCUUGAGAGCCUCUUAAGGAGUAGAGAAAUUAGUUGGGGUUGGAAGAAAUGCAGCUGCAUUUCUCACCUAGUAUGAGAAGUAUAACAAUAUCGAGCAGUGGUGGUAGUAGUAGUAGUAGUAGCAGUAAUGGCAAUGGAGGGUUAGGUGAUUUGAUGAAGAUCAAAGUUGCAGCUCGAAAAUUCUCAUAUCGAACACUCUUUCACACUAUACUUAUACUAGCAUUCUUGUUGCCAUUUGUCUUCAUUCUCACUGCUCUUGUUACCCUUGAAGGUGUCAACAAGUGCUCCUCAUUUGAUUGUUUAGGCAGACGAUUAGGACCAAAGCUCCUUGGGCGAUCUGACGGUUCAGGGCAGAAGCUUGUUAAGGAUUUUGUUAAGAUCCUCAAUCAAGUGAACUCUGAGGAAGUGCCUGCUGGCUUGAAGCUCCCAGAGUCAUAUACUCAACUAGUUUCUGAAAUAAAAAACAACAAGCACAGCACAAAACAAUUUGCUUUUAUGCUGAAGGGAAUGAUGGAGAGAUCUGAAAGGGAGAUCAGGGAAUCAAAAUUUGCAGAGUUAACGAAUAAACAUUUUACUGCAAAUGCAGUUCCAAAAGGCAUUCACUGUCUUUCACUGCGGUUGACUGAUGAAUACUCGACCAAUGCUCAUGCACGCAAACAGUUGCCUUCACCAGAACUACUCCCUUUGCUCUCCGACAACUCAUUGCACCAUUUUGUACUGUCGACUGAUAACAUUCUAGCUGCGUCAGUUGUCGUCAAUUCUGCCGUGCAGUCAUCCCUAAAGCCUGAAAAGAUUGUGUUCCACGUCAUCACUGAUAAGAAAACAUAUGCAGGCAUGCAUUCAUGGUUUGCUUUGAAUCCUGUCUCUCCUGCUAUUGUGGAAGUUAAAGGUGUUCAUCAGUUUGACUGGUUGACAAGAGAAAAUGUUCCAGUGCUUGAAGCAGUUGAGAGCCAUUAUGGGAUUCGACAAUACUACCAUGGAAAUCAUGUUGCAGGUGCCAAUCUCAGUGUUAUUACUCCACGCUCUUUUGCCUCAAAAUUGCAGGCUAGAAGUCCAAAAUACAUAUCCUUGCUAAAUCAUAUCCGCAUAUAUUUGCCAGAGCUCUUCCCAAACCUUGAUAAAGUGGUUUUCUUAGACGAUGAUGUUGUAAUUCAGCGUGACCUAUCUCCCUUGUGGGACAUUGACCUGAAUGGUAAGGUGAAUGGAGCUGUUGAGACCUGUGAAGGUGAAGAUAAGUGGGUGAUGUCUAAGCGAUUCAGAAAUUACUUCAAUUUUUCUCAUCCUCUCAUAGCAAAGAAUUUGAACCCCAACGAGUGUGCAUGGGCUUAUGGGAUGAAUAUCUUUGACUUGCGUGUAUGGAGAAAGAACAGUAUAAAAAAUAGUUAUCAUGCAUGGCUUAAAGAGAAUCUGAAGUUAAACUUGACUAUGUGGAAACUUGGUACACUGCCUCCUGCUUUGAUUGCAUUCAAAGGUCAUGUUCAUCCGAUUGACCCAUCGUGGCACAUGCUUGGCUUGGGCUAUCAGAAUAAUACCAAUGUUGAGAAUGUGAAGAAGGCUGCUGUAAUUCAUUACAAUGGCCAAUCGAAGCCUUGGCUUGAAAUAGGCUUUGAGCAUCUCCGUCCUUUUUGGACCAAGUAUGUUAACAGCUCCAAUGAUUUUAUUAGGAAUUGCCACAUAUUGGAGUAGUUAAUGUGUUAUGCUGCGAGGACAACACACAGGAUAGAAAUUCAAAUGGCACAGGCUUUGCAGAAUAUUUGCGGGGAACUUCAAACCGAAUUGACAAGGAGAUUCUGAUACUUAGCAGAAUUGGUUGGAUAUAUUCAGGUAUUGGACGUGCUGCUUUGACUCAGUUCUAUGAAGAGUACCUGCAACACUAGCAUGGAUAUGAGAUUCAUUCUUCCCAUCUGUAAACUAAAAAUUUGUCGCCUAGUUUGUUAUGUGACAAAGUACAUUAUAUUUGCCCUUUAGCUGGAUGUAGCAUACGUCUGCUGAUUAGGAGGCAAUAUCAGUGAUACAAAUUGGGACAUCCCGAGAAGCAAAACUAGGAUUCUGGCGUUGUUGGCUACCCCUUUGGCCCCGUUAGAGGUUGAGAUGAUUCUUUUAACUUAAUUUCAUUUUUUCCCUUGUCAGUUUGGCUGCCAUCGCCCUUUUGUUUCUUGAUUAAAUCAUGUUUUCUCAUGUUAGACUGUAUAUUAUAGAAAUUUAAGUUCCCAGUCGAUGAACUAUGUAGGUUAUACAUAUUGGUACUUAUUUUGUAUGAUUGAGAUAUAUUAUUGACAGGAUCAGAAAAUUCUUUUUAUCAA